AUGCAGGUGGCGAGCCGAUUAUGCUAUUGCCAGCCUGGGUCGUCCAAUGGGUCAUUCCAUGUCAAAUCGACCGAUAGUUGGAAUCGACCCCUUCCGAUUUGGAUGAAAUUUGGUCACAAAGCGGAUGCAUUAAUAAUUCGGCCUGUUGAAAAGGCAAUCUAUGCUGAGAUACUGCGCCGAAUAAAGAAUGAAGUCCCUAAUGAGCAAGUCUGCAAUACGGUUGAUAAGAUCCGCAAGACCAAAGACGGAGACAUGCUCAUCGAGCUCUCUAGAAAGAGCACUGACAAAGGACAAGCUCUACAAAAGACGAUCCAGAGUAUCCUGAAAGAGGAGGCCAAAAAACAUGGUAAUUAUCCUGAAAGACAAUCUGACUAUCUUGUCAUGUGUGUUGACGCUAAUAUUCUGACGCUAGAAGAGAGAAGAAUAUGUGCAUCAGUGAUCCUCUUAUUAGGACUUUUAAAGGGCAACAUUUUUUGUCCCAGAUUUCUGCAACAGAUUCCCAUCUCGGUUCCGCAGGUUUCUACAAGAUCAGCCUUACCUUUCUACCCACCUAUUGCAAGAAAUAAUAUAUCUAUGGCUUCACCUUUAUGUAGAAUAUUGAAUAUUUGUAAUUACAUAGCUGAAAACUGCAAUGACAUCGACUUCUUGGGCUAUAACUAG